GUUGUUGACUGAAAAAAAAAAUCGAAUUCUUAAUUCGUUAAACUCACUGCUUGCAUUAAUUAUUGAUAGAAAUAAACAAUAUUGAAUAUUUGAUAUCCCUGAUUAAUUAUUUUUCCAUUAUAAGCUUCGCUAUACCAACUACUGGUAUUGCGAAGCUCUUUUAAAUCAGUCAAGCAAAUACCAUUUCUACUGGAAGUAGUGUUUAAACGGCUUUUUUAUUGAAUUCGGAGACAUUUGCUUUUAAAAUACAAAAAAUGAGUACCAAAAUUAUCUUAUUUCACCAUCUAUAAUCGGAUAUUUCAACUGUUUGUCAACAUCUAUUCGUUUCUACAGACAUUUUGCCGGUUCGUAUUUUUACAGAUGGAUCCACAGAUUUUCAACAGAAGAACUCUUGCAGUAGUUCUUGAGAAACAGAAUUUUCCUCUGCAGAGCUAUAAUUUAUUAGUGAAUAAUCCAGUGAAAAAUUCUACUAAGCAGAACUCAUCUCAAAGUUUGUCAGCUAAAGAAUUGAGUGAAAAUGAUGAUUUAGUCACUAGUUUAGUUUUAGAUCCUUAUUUAAACUUCUCAACCCACAAAAUGAAUACAAGAUUUCGACCUCCUAAAGUUAAUAGAGAAGAACUGAGACGCAUUAUAUUAAAUUUUGGUAUUCACCAGAAUUAUGAAAAAGCAUAUGUAGAGUUGGUUUCAGGUGACUGGGCUACUGCAUACUUUCAUCCAAAAUCAAAACAUCAGCAAAAAAUGUUCAAAGAGCAUGUGUUUCGUUAUUUACAAAUAUUUGACAGAAAUGCUGGUUUUGAAGUAUUGCCAUGUAAAAGAUAUUCCAUGGAAAAUUAUAUGGGAGCUAAAAUAUGUGCCACCAAAAAAUGGUACAAAAAUGAAAGAAUUCCUCUUUUGGUUGGUGUAAUUGCGGAAUUGACUGAAGAGGAAGAAGCUCAGUUACUACAACCAGGAAGAAAUGACUUCAGUGUCAUGUAUUCUUGCCGUAAAAAUUGUGCUCAGUUGUGGCUUGGUCCUGCUGCAUUUAUAAAUCAUGACUGUAGAGCUAAUUGUGAGUUGGUCUCAACAGGAAGAGAUACAGCAUGUGUAGAGGUUCUUCGAGACAUAGAAGUUGGAGAUGAAAUUAAUUGCUUCUAUGGUGCAAACUUUUUUGGUGACAAAAAUUCAUUGUGUGAAUGUGAAACUUGCGAAAGACGUCAGAUGGGAGCAUUCAAACCAAAAGAUGAUGAUGCAUGUAGUACCAGUAAAAAAUCUGGAACUUAUAGUUUGCGUGAAACAGAUAAUCGAUUGAGUCGUUUAAAAAGAAACAAACAUGGCACGAUGAAAGAAAAUAUAAAAGCAGUUUCAAAUGAUGGAUCAAGUAAAUCUGAAAAUUUUCGAGGACAAGAAAGUUUUCCGUUUGUAAUCUCAGAUAUUCUAAGGUACAGGCUAAAAGAACCUAAGGUAAAUAGAGUUUCAAAUAACUGUUUGGCUGCCCAGUCAGAAUCGGUUGGACAGUCUCGGCAGAACGUGAAGCAAAGAUCAUCCGCAUAUAGACAUGUCGUAACAGGCGAUACUUUUAGAAGUACUGUGUCAUUUCUGAAACGUAGAAAAUGCCGUAAAACUGGCGAUACAAAUAUCACUGGAAUAAUAAAAUCCACUUCUCGAUUGCCAAGCUCUUCUCUUCAGAAACCAAUUAGAAGUCGUUCUCGUUUUUCCGUCGACCUACGAGCAGGAGCAGAAGCAUUAUUAAAACCUUUAAAAGAAGGUCCUAUCUAUAAAGCAAAGAUUAUCCGUACGAGACGAAAUAAAUCUGUUGAGAAUUCUUUGAAGAAAAGAGAAAAAUCUUCAGAUAAACCUGAUGUUCCAGAUAUAAGUGGAAUGCCUAACAUAUUGUAUUCUAAUAAUUGUCCGAGAACUUCGUCAAGAACAAGGAGGCGCAAAAAUUCAUUGGGUUUGUCUGAGCCCCCUGUGCUGACUCCAAUGGGUAAAUUAAGAGAUACCGAUUCCCCAGAGCUCGAGAAUGCCUCAUCUUCUAGUUUAAUGGUGAAAGCAACUUCUCGUCCUUGUGCACAAGGUUGUGUGAAAGUUACUGUACGAGUAAGAAGAAAUUCUGCUGAAUCUAAUUCAAUCAAUGCUGUAUCUUCAGAUAAAAGGCCUAGAAGUGUCAAGAAUAAGCCUCAUUCCAAAAGCAUGUUUUAUAAAAUCAUACCUGUAGACUGCGAUGAAAACCACAUUGAAAAUGAAAAUGCAUCUGAAAAGCCUCAAGAGAGUUCAAUUUCAGAUAAAAAUCCAAAAAUUCAGUGCUCAUCAGUUCCGGAUCAUACACUUGAUAUUCGCAUCUCGUCUCCUUGCUGUUCGCGUACUCAUUCUAAGGAUGAGUCGGAUAUAUUCAAGAAUUCUCCUAUGAAAGCCGUGACCAAAAGGUUCAGGCUUAUUCUUGGCAGCGAUUCCAUAGACAUUGAUAUCCCACCUUCUAAAAGAAACUGUACUUGAUUAUGUAACUUGAAGCAUUGCUUUAUUUCUUUUUUUAUAUAUAUAAUUUAUUUCACUUAAUUACAGCUUUCGUUUUAUCAUAAGAAUUGUUAAAUUUUCAUUUCUAUUAAGUUUAUUCGACUUCUAACAUCAUAAUUUUGAUGUUCUCUUAUUUAACCGAAGAAUGCGUUUAACAGAAUUGUUAUCUAUUUUUAGUCAUUGGCAUUUGAUUUAAUUUUAAUACGAUCACGUUUUGAGGAUAUUUCUUUAAACUACUCAAGUUUCUGAUAGAUGAUGCAUGUUAAAUUACUUUUGAAAUGGACGUUUUGACGAUAUUGAUAAUUUCUUUUUAAUGUAUUAUGACACAAUAAAUAUUUUGAAGAAAAUAACAGUCAUGUUUUUCAUGAAUGUGCAAUUAAAUCUGAAAAGGGCUUGACAGCAUUUGGAUUUACUCACUAAGCAUUUAUUUAUCCUUUAUUACUUUCAUAUUGUGGAUAUUCUUCAUAAUUGUAUAUAAAUAAAAUGCUACUCUAUGGUAUUUAAUUAUUUUUAAUUCAUCCUGUUGACUGAGCAAGCAUUUGUGUUAAUCAUUAUUAUAGAUUUGUCAUUUUGUUGCAUCUAUGAAUUUUUCUCAACUUUGCCUUUUGUUGUUCAUUUCUAAUGAAUGCGUGUAGAUAUUCAAACUAUUAUUAUCUUUAUUUUGAAUUGCUUAGACAUAUCAUGAUUCUAUUUUUCAGUUACUAAUGCUUUCUGCAAAUAUGAUCAAAAUGUUUGUUACAUCUAUUUGUAUUAGCUUGGAAUAUAUACAUGUUUUUUACACAAUUAUUCCAUUUUUAAAUAGGAAUGCUUAAGAUGGAUUGUUACCAAAAAUGUCCACCAUCAUUAAAAAUUUUUUUAACAUAAUACCCGACUUUUUACUGAUUUUAAGUAUUUAUUUUUCUUCCUUUAUAUUACAGAAAAAGGUUUUCUUUGCGAUUGUGUAUGCUACAUCGGUGUAUUAAUAAUUCAGUUCCCGUUAUAUUUUAAUUUUGUUACAUUAUUUGAUUUAAAAAAUGUUUACACUUGCUUUUCCACAGAUCAUGAUUGCAGUGUUAUUUGUUUUGCAGUUUUCUCUUAAUGUAAUAAUAUCUAAGAUGUAUUUUAUAUGUACUGUAUUAAUGUUAUUGUAAAAGAAAUGUGCUUACAUAAAGCAAAGUAAUGUUUCAUCUUGGAACGAGUACUUACAAUUUUUGCAUUAAAAUAUUGUGGUUGUAGCUUAAUUGUUCUUGGAUUUCAAUUAAAUUUCAGAAUUCAGCAUGUUGUUUCAAAUAGAUAUCUUCAUGUUAUUUAUAAAGUAUAAUUUAGAGUUGUGUAAGAUACAUACAUAUUGACAUAUGUAAUGUAUGAAGGCUAAAAAAUAAUUUUGUCAUUGAAUACAGAAAUGUUGUGAUCAGUUGUUUGGCUCCUCAAAGCUAUUUUUAUUGUUUUUGUUGGCUCCUGUGUACCAGCAGGAAAUGUUUGGAGAAGUCAUAUUAUUCUCGCAUGUCUAAAAGUAGUUUCGGGAAAGUGAAAUUCUACUUUUUACACUGUUUUAGAAGCUUUUUUUUUAAAUUUUUUGUGAAUAUUUGUUUUCUUAGAAAUGGUUUUCAGGAAAAUUAUUCAAGUGAAUUAGCAUGUUUCUUAUAUAAAAUCCGGUUCCAGAUAUGAAUUUGUUGACCAUUCUGUAAAUUAUUAGAAACGUUAAACUAUUAUAUAGUCUAACUAGUCUUUUAUAUUGUUAAAUCUUUGCUAAUAUUUUGGAAUUGUAUUAUAUCAUGUUUUAAAAUGUAAAAUUACUUGCUUUGAAUAGCUUCUGGAAGUUUAAAUAUUAUUUGUUUCGUUUAGGCGAGGUUAAAUUUUUUUCACUUUUAAUUUUAACUCUUAACAGUUAUGUUGGCAAUAGAUGAAAUAUGAAGCAAUUUAAUUUUACAUUAAAUAUGUAUCAAGUAGUUUGCUUAUGCUUAUAUAAGUGGAGAUUGCUAGUUCCCUUGGUAUUUGUCACAAAAAUGAAAUUGAGUGCAUGCUUCCCCAUAUAUUUCUUCCGCAGUAUGGCUCUUUUAUAACUGUCAUACGUUGUAGAGAAUUGAGUAUUCAUUCUAGAACAUUACCGCUUUCUGUUGACCCAUUUUGAAUAAAAUAUAAAUGUACAGUUUUGAUAUUAGAAGAACAUACUACUCAUUUGUGCAGCUGGUAUUUGUGAAUUAUGUACACACAUCUAUGGACAUUAAUUUUUAACAGAUUUUUUUUCUCUGUCGAGCGGAUUUUUUCACUACUUUUAUAAAUGUGCAUGUAAUUUUAAUAUGAAAAACAUACCAAAUUUCAUGUCUAGGUGAUACUUUUGGCGAGUAAUCAUGUCCGCGUAUAUACGGACAUGAAUCCAAAAAUUUGCUAAAAUUUGUAUUUAAUAAAAUUUUGGGCUACAUUUCAAAGCAGCAUUUUUUAAAUGAAUUUCUGAAAGAUUUUGUUUUUCACUUGUUAAACAAUUUCAGUUUAUUUUAAGAAAAACUGUCUGCUUUCGUUUUUUAAAAUUAGUCUUUAUUUCAGAAUUGUUCAUUCCUAGUGAAUAGUUUUUAGCUGUUCAAUUACUUUGGUCAAAAAGGGGUUUGGGGGUCAAAGGGGUCAAAAGGUUAUUUGGUUAUUAUUUUCUCUUUAGUCUUUGAGGGUCAAGAAAAACUACUGUGCACUUAUUUAUAUAAUUAAAUUUUAAAAUAAAACUUUCUUUCUUCGCUACAUAAAAUUUAUUUUAUAGAUUGUAUAUUUUAUUAUUUUCUUUACUCCCUUUAAAUUUCAAAUAAUAAGGUAAUGUGAAGUAAAGAUAUGCUUUUGGAAUAAUCUUAAACAUAUUCUUUGAUCAUUUUACAUUCUUGAAGUAUUUUGAUGGUUAAAAUUGUAAAAAAUAAAUAAAUAAAGGUAAUAAUAAUCUUGUAAUAUCUCCAUCUACUCUUUUUAGCAGAUACUAUACCUCGACAUAUGUCAUUUAUUUAUUUUCUUAUUUCUUAUGAUCAACUUUUGCAUUUUCAUAUUGAUGUUUUGUAGAUAUGUCUGUAACUGCUAUAACUUCAUAUUUGAUAGUGCUGUAUCUUUUCUUGGAGUCAUCAAAAUAUUUGUGAAAGAUAGUACAAGAAAGUGUUUGUAAGUUAAUGAAAUCUGUCUGCUAUAUUAGUUCACGUAUUUUUCAUGCAUUCUCAGAUAGUACAGUAAUUUUAUCAUGUUCAUUGCUGUGUAUUUCUUGUGGUUUUAUUUCAGAACACUAAAAUGAAGUUUAUGUUCUCAUCCACAAAACAAUGCAUUCAUUAUAAGUAUAUAAAUCAUUCAUCAUAAGUUGCAAAUUAUAUAUCUUAAUAUUAUGGAUUUUUUGUCCUUUGAAUGUUCAGCUGUAAUAUUAUGUUA